AGUUACAGGAGGAGGAGGGGAGAACCCAGGAGGAGGGGAGAACCCAGGAGGAGGGAGGAUAGAGGUGGGGGCUGGUCCACAGCUGUUGUAAUAGGCCGGGUCUGUUGGGGUAGGACGCCUGCCUCCACACUCGCCCUGGAACAAUGGGAGACAUGACAGCCACUGCAGGCAGACAGCACAGGGCCGACAGAGAGAGAUACACACAAUGCCCGAGCCCAAGGAAGGGCCCGCUCUGAUCGCAGUGUAGAGGACACACUUCCUCAGUACCCAGGAUAUCACCUUGUGGAGGAAUACAGCUUUUUUCCCCCCCCAACUGGAAAUGACUAAUGCUACAUUGUGGGGUGGGUUUCUUUAGAUUGAAUCUCUCCCGGAUGCUCUGAGCGGAUGCUAGGAUACCAACCAAGCUCCUUGGCUCUGACGUUGGGAGAAGAAAGAGAGAGGUGGCUUACACGCACAGAGCUACUGUAGGACGGAGAGCCCUGCUCUAAGGAGAGCUGACAUCACAGAUGAGAACGAUGUCCGAUGAGACAGAACCAAGGAUUUGUGAUGACGACCUGGAGUCAGAAGAAGGGGAGGUCGAAGACUAUCUGGAGGAUGAAGAGCACAGUAGAGAACUAAUGGACCGACUGAAAGAACUGGAGGCCGAAAACUCAGCUCUUGUGUUGGCCAAUGAAAGUCAAAGAGAGGCAUAUGAGCGAUGUCUAGAUGAGGUGGCCAAUCACGUCGUCCAAGCCCUGCUCAACCAAAAGGAUCUGCGAGAAGAGUGUAUCAAGCUGAAGAUGCAUGUCUUUGACCUGGAAAGACAGAACAGAGUACUGUGUGAACUCUUUCAACAGAAACUACCCAAUCAGUCUAGUUUUCACGAACAGGUUCAGCCCGGACCACUCCCUGUUUACAGUACACAGCUGCUGCACAAUGUCCCCGAAAAGCAGGUGGGCUCACAGUCUCAGAGUGAAGCACAAGCCAAGGGCAACGGUUUCCAUCGCACACUGCCACAGCCCCCAGCUACUCCUCCCAGAGGCCCAGCCGCCACCAUGGAAGCCCUGUCUCCGUUCUUCAAAAAGAAAGCACACAUCCUGGAGGUCCUCCGCAAGAUGGAGGAGACAGACCCCCUCAAAUUUCGCCCCUCGGCAGGGGGCCUCUCCUUCUGUGACUACGGCCAGGUGCUGAUGUCUACGGAGGCCGUCCUGGCGGCCGGAGACCUCUGUAAGAAACACCAGACGCGCUGCCGCUGCUCCUGUUCGGACUCUGAUAGCGCGCCGGCGCCACAGCAGCACAUGAACGGGGAUGGGCAGUUAUGUCCCGGUCACUGCAGGAAGAGCACGGACACGGCGGCCAAGUGUCAGCACGUUUGCGGCGGCGUUGCGAAGCCCGACCCCAACCACGUGGAAGCUGCGCCGUCCGCAGCCGCGGUCACCGAGCCCCGCGCUCGGAGUGCAUCGGCAGAGAAGCGGCACCAGCAAGCGACGGAUCCUGACUCCUACUCAUCGGUUGCAGGUGUAGAUCGUCCUAAUCUGGCCAGCCGGUGCUCAGACGCCGGAUUAAAAACAGGGCAGCUGCAGGAGGGCGAAGAGGAGAGCAGUCUUAAAGACCGACCAGAUGUGGACACCAGUUUGUUCACCUCCCAGCUGCCUGUCCCUGGAGCCAAGGACCCACCGACAGCAUACUGUGAGCUGGAAACCAAUGGCUUCCUCCUCUCCUCCAAUGACAGUGAUAAUGUACUCAGCGACGUAGUCAUCCCAGAGAAGGACAGUGGCCCGGCAGAGGAGGGGGCUCUCUCGGGCGGAGCCAACGAGGCCCGUAACCCCGUCCCUUCAUCCUGUCUCAGCGACGUCAAAGCCGCCGCCAUCAGUUCACCGUCCAAGAUCCUCAAGUUCCUGAAGAUCCCCGCCAUGGCAGAGAGGAGCCAGGCGGGGGUCAGCCCCGUCCGCCUGAGCCCCCAGCUCACGCGCACCUCCAAGAUCCCCUGUCGCACCAACAACUACGAGGUGUACCACUCCCCCGUCCCCUCCCGCAGGGCCACCACCACAGAGAGGACCAGGCACCCUCCCCCACCGCCCGUCAGGUCCGAGUCCUACCCGGCCACCACGCACCCAGCCUCGGCCCCGACCUCCCCUCCCCAGCCCGAGGACGCCUGCUCCCCUCCAGCCAAGGAGGUGAGCUACAGCAGCCUCUCUCCUCCCGAGGCUGGCCCUGGUGGUACCAAGCCGGGCCCUGGCUCUUCGCACAAACCCAGGGCCUCUUCACAGAAGGUGCCGUACUACGAGAAUGUGUCAGAACUGUCCACUUCUGCUCGGCUAGAAGAGUCCAAGGUCUCUGAGAUCGUGGAUAUAGCACCUUCACUGCUACAAAAAGAGAAUGUCGUGUGUCUUCAGCAGCAGCAGUUCUCCCCCGCCUCUGACUCCUCUUCAUCUUCCUCCUCGUCGUCCUCCUCGUCCUCGUCUGAUCAGGAGGUGAACACCGACAGCCCAGUCUGGCAGGGCCACAACAGUCUGCCCAACCCCUCGGUCCUCAGAGCAGCUCAGUCCCAGAGCCGCCCUGCUCCCUUCGCUGGCAUGAAAGACAGAGGAUCCCAGGACCAGGAUGCCACGGAGAACAUCAUGCCGAACUUUGACCUGUCCCAGUGCCAGGCUCCAGCUCUCCCAGCCAAAAGACACGAUCCCUCCUCUAUUCCCAAGAGGCCUUCUGGUGCAGCGGUUCCCGGGAGACAGCCUGCUGAGUCCAGUCACACAUUCAAAGACAGGCUGGCUGCACUUGGCAAGCUGAGGAGCUCAGAGGACCUGCCAGUCAAUGUUCUGCUGCCAGGAGACCAGGCUGACCCGCAGACUGACGAGGGGGAGGUCCCUUGUAGCCUUGAAAGGGGUAAGACGGCGGAGGGGCCAGUGGACAGUCAUGACAGUCACUCCAAAUGUACAGCCCCUUUGGACAGUAAGCCUAAAAGCAUUUCCGGUAGCGUGGCUUUGAAGUUCCCCGGUGCCUGUCAGUCCUAUGAUCCGGCGUCCGCGGUCGCCAAGGCAGAGCUUGAGACGCUCUCGUCCAGAGUGGGCGUGUCUAGGAUGGACAGUUCCAAAGGCAAACUGGGACUCCCAUCGCCAAACACUGACACUCCCAUAGUUUUACGCAACAACGUGAAAUACCCAGCUUCCCUUAACCUGUCUCACAGUAAACAACCAGCACCCAGCCUCGCUCACAACACCUGCAGCCCCGGCAAGGUCCCUCCCAAGUCCCCCUCCAAACCCUGUCAGAGCCUGGCUCCCUCGGGCGUCAUCCGAAGUGCAUCUGGGAAACCCACCCUGGAAGCCCCGGCCUUGGCCCCAAGAUACUCCUCCAAGUCAGAGGACAGGAGCAAGCUGAACAAGAGGAGGAACACCAGCGCAGCUUAUGGAGACAGCCUCCCGGCCCCCAGGCCAGCGUCAGAACCGCAGCAGGAGGAGAACAAACAGCGUGGAGGGCCCGUCCCAAGCCCCACCCCGGGCCCCACGUCAGCCAUAGAGGAGAAGGUGAUGAAGGGGAUUGAGGAGAACAUGCUGAAGCUGGCAGAGCAGGACAGAGACCGAGGACAGGUCACAGAGGUCAAACAGAAGGCCUCCAAUGGCAUUGCCAGCUGGUUUGGCCUGAAAAAGAGCAAACUCCCAGCUCUGAGCCGCAAACCAGACACACCCUCUAAGGUCAAAGAGGAAAAGAAGGGCGGAGAGUGGAGGCUGAAUAUCCCCUCCAAGAUGGCGGGGUCCAAGUCUAAAGGAGAGGGGGUUGGGGUGGAGAGCCUGAACAUCUCCAUGCUUAUGGAGAAGGCCGAGGGUCUGAGGAGAGCCCUGGAGGAGGAGAGGGCCUAUGUGAACGGGGUGGGGGGUGUCGGAAUGGACCGGUCCGGGAGGGGCCACUCCUGUGAGGUUGUGAUGGACCCAUCACAGGGCCAGCUGGCUGUGAUGUACAGGGGAGCGCGCUCAGACAACUUCAUGCAGCAGCUACUGAACAGGGUGGACGGAAAGGACUUCAGUGGCAUCAGUGUGGCUCAGAGACGUCUCUCCUUUGACUGCAAGACCUCGAGACCAUUCAGCGGCCACCAGAAUGAAGGCAUCCUCUGUCACAACACCAGCAGAGACGACGUGCAAAAGGGUCCAGACCACCUGAUCAGCAACGUCCCCUCAGAUGAGAAUUUAGCUGACCUGGUUCACUCUCAACACUUUGCAGCCUCUGGCGCAUCCACCUACACCCUGGACAGUGGCAUCGGAACCUUCCCUUUGCCCGACUACAGCAGCGGUGCGGCCGGGAGGAGCCUGUCUAAGAUGAGGGGGACUGACCACGGCUCCUCCGGUUCACCAGGGAGGGCAGGGAGGAAGGCUAGGACUCUGGACCGAGAGGCGACCUCCUUGGAGCAGUGCUUUCAGCCCAACAGAGAGAUGACCGGCCCGGUUCUGUACCAGUCUGUACUGGAGGGGAAAGGCACGAACAGACACACGGCUGGGGUCAUUCACGAAGACAAAGAAGCGUUUGGACCUCACAUGCUGUCUCCCCGUUCCAAGACGUGGACAUUCCCCAGCCUGAAGACCCCCGCCGGGCCCUCGGAAGUGUACCUCGCCGUGGAGGAGGAAGUGGAGACGGGCCCCUAUGGAUCCCCGUUCAGAGGGAAGGCCUGUGGUUCCUCCGGAUCACAUAACAUUGACCCCAGCAGUCUACCGGUGCCGACCCAGACAGGCCUAAGCCGACGGGGGAAGAUCCGCGGUACGCCCAGUGCCCCGGAAACGGGCCUCGGCCGGGAGACGGGCCUAGAGCUAGUGAGGGAGAGGCCCGAGGAGGCCCUCUCCCCCAACCGCCCACAGGUCCUGGAGACCCCCGAGUCACUCAGUGACUCUCUCUACGACAGCCUCUCUUCCUGUGGUAGCCAGGGGUGACGGCUGGAGGCAGGAAGGCCGCUGUGCCACAGAUCCCAGUCUGGUGCUGACUGACCCGCCCUGGUAGAACAGCGGGAUAUGGACUGUACUAAGAAAAACCCUUUUCACACUGCCGUGCCAACCCAGACCACAAUAUAUUCAGCUUCAGCUCUGCGUUCAGUACCACUUCAGCUCUGCGUUAAUACCACUUUAACCCUGUGUCCAGUACCAUCAGUCCAGAACUGCCAGAAGACAAACUCUCCGAACUUGCAACGUGUCCAGUUCCACCUGUCAGUGAAUCGCUGACUUCAUGGCCGAACAGGACGAAACACGUGAAACUGGAGGAACGUGUGAAAAGGGUACGAACGGUGCUGACCCCCUCUUAGAGGAUAAGACGGUGUGUCCCUCUUAAGGCUGUCAUGUGUGCUUUCUCACCAGCUAUGUUGCAAGGUUAACUGGAAAGACUGACCUCUCCUCAGGUUAACUAUGACCCAAAGGAUACAGGCUUCACAUUGAGGGCUGUAUUCAAUCCAUAUUACAGAAGUUCAGCGUUGCAGCGUGAUUGAAAUUCAACUGCAAUUUUCCCACAUCAGUAGAGAGUUUGCAUUCGCGAUAAACACUGCGUGUGUUGGCUCAAUCGGAAAAAUAAAACUAAAAGUCACAACGAUCUGUAACACUUUAACAGGUUUAAUCGGGCCCUAACACUGUUUUGUGACAGGAGGGAAUAAAACAAAUGGAAUAUAGUGUGCUAACCAAAAAAGUUCAUAUCAUCGCAGUCAAUUGUAAAAAUACACGGACAAGAUGAGAUCAAAUGUGCUCCAGUCUGUCUGGAAACGUGCAGAAAUGUUGUCAUAUCUUGAAAUUCAACACAGGCGUUGUUCUAACCCUGUCCGAUCUUACUGUAUUUAUUAGACAGCAGAGUGCGAGCAGUGACCCCACACCCCCGCAGGUACUCAGUUACCAGGCAUCCAUCUCUAUCCGUUUACACAAUAAUGUAUGGAUUCCUUUACAUCAAGCUCUUAAAAAAAAUGAAUGUUUAUGUUUGUGGGUUUUUGCUAUUGAAUGCAUACAUUACAAUUUUGAUGUAUACAAUUAUUUGUUAAUGUGUUGAGAUUUUCUCUGUAGCUGCCAAGAAAGCUUGUCAGAAAACUGUGUUUAGUUUAGCUCACCAUUCUUCGUAGGUAAUAUGCCAGCAAUAAUAUUGUGACAGCAACGUGGCUACAUUAUUGUCCAAACAAUGUAUUAUUUAUGUUAAACCAACUGCACAUUUUUUUUUAUAUAAUCUUGUGUAAAUUCAGUCACCUGGCUCUGGAUGUCAAACAGCCAAAACAUCAAGAUUCUUUUAAAAAUGUUUUUAUGAUUAUUUAUUGUUCAUGUGUUCUCACUAAAGCACAAAUAAAUUCAAGAAAAUUACACCUUUAUACUGAAAUGUUUAUCUCCAAUGAAAACAAAGGAAUACUGAUCAUUUUUACAUAUUUAUUAGAACAAAUAUCAAAUUAGUCAUUAUAAGAGUAUGUUUUUCACAGUACGCAAAUUAUCAGAAAAUGUAGUAAAAUAUCAACAUUUGACAAAUAUCUUGCAUGAGUAUGCAUUGCCAGUGAAUCAAUUCUACAGCCUUAACCAGUAUGUCUGGAACACAAACUCAUCAAUCUAACCAUAAAGUGCACUUAUUGAAUCAUCAUUAAACAUCAGUUGAAUUACCAAAACAGUACAAAGAGAUGGAUUACAAUGUCAUUGUUUUAGGUAUGAUGAAUGGAGAAGGGGAUAACGAAAAAACUCAAGGGUAGGUUCUUAUAAAGAUCUGCCAGAUGUAUGGAUAUCUGUUACAUCCCUUACAUAAACUAAACAGAAAUUAUUUUGGCCGUGGCAGUGAAAACAAAUCAAAAUUAUACAACUUAAAACAAGAAUAAAAUGUCCAAAUGCUCAACCAGCCUGCUAAAAAGUGCUGCAUUUGAUUUAUGGCACAAAGAACACAAUUUUGCUAAUAUAAGCCUUCCUAGGGCAACCACUCACUCUACAGGACAAGCACAUUCACUGCAGCAGCAGCCUAAAACACAAC